UUUAUUCACCUCAUAACAUCUGAUGUAUUGAGGUUGGAAUAUUGGGAUAAAAUAAUUUUUUAAGAUGUCUCUCAACCUCAACACUCCGACCUCUUUCCCGGCCUUCCCAUUCGCGCCGUACGACAUUCAGCUCGGUCUCAUGCGGCAUUUGUACGAGAAUAUCGAGAAUCGACGCGUUACCGUCGUAGAAAGCCCCACAGGGACGGGAAAGACGCUCAGUCUCUUGUGUGCUUCUCUAACCUGGCUUCGCGAUGAGCAAGACAGGGCACGCAAGGGAAAAAUAUCUACCGAUGAUGAGCAAGAAGUAAUGGAUUGGGUGCUUGCGCAGACUCUGGACCGUAAACGACAACAGCUAGAAGCAGAGGAAUUGGAAUACGCUGAACGCCUUGCCGCAGCUCGUAAACGUGAGGCGAUCAUGAGACGUGCUGCCAAAGCCAGAAGAGUUGAACCGGACAAAGAGGGUGACAGAAGUAUAGAUUUUGACGACUUAGUCUUCUUGCCGGAGAAUGUCGACGGUUCAUCUAUACGAGAAGAAGAUGAUAAUAUUUCUCCCGCCGUUCGCGCGCUCAUGCAGAAGUACGUCUCGAAAUCGGGCUACUCGUCGAAUACAACCGAAGCCGAGCCGACGUGCACAAAAAUCUACUACACUUCGCGUACUCACUCUCAACUCUCCCAAGUACUCCAGGAGCUACGGAAGCUGAGCAUCUCUUUGUCCCCGUCAUCUGAUGACGAACAGAACGAUGCUUCCGUGGUCGAUAUUAGGACCGUCUCUCUUGCUUCGCGGAAACAGCUAUGUGUGAACGAAAAGCUGAAGGGGAAGGGCGGCGACCUGGAUGAAGCCUGCAGGCAGCUCUUAAGUGAGAAAGGCGACAAACGAUGUUCAUAUCUGCCUCCUGCAGAUGACGAGACGAGGAUGUUGGAUAUGCGAGAUCAGAUCCUGGCCACACCGAAAGACAUUGAAUCUCUCGUGCAGACGGGUCAAGAGUCGCGCACGUGUCCUUACUUUGGCUCGAGAAAGGCCAUAUUGCAGGCUCAACUUGUGCUCUUACCCUAUAAUCUGCUAUUGCAGAGAACUGCUCGAGAAUCGCUUGGGAUAGACCUGACUGAUCAGGUUAUUAUCGUCGAUGAGGCGCACAACCUUAUAUCCACGCUGCUCUCUUUAUCCACCGUUCAGCUCCCUCUGCGCACACUUUCAACCUCUCUCAAUCAACUCUCAAUAUAUCUGAGUAAAUUCCGCAACCGCCUCUCGACAGAGCACAGCCUUCAUCUUCGGCGGCUUGUCGGGCUACUCGAAGCGCUCUCCAACUUCGCUGAGGACUGGAAGGCGAAGCGUACCGCAUCAACGAGUAUCGUAACAAAGAGCGGGACGGCCCAAGCAAAUGCGGAGGUCCUCACGUCCGGAGAGCUCAUGGCGAAGCUGGGAAGAAAGGUCGAGGGCGUAAACUUGCUCGAGAUCGAGAAAUACCUGCGAAGCAGCAAGGUUGCGAGGAAAAUCUCGGGAUAUUGCACGCAGGCUAUGGAAAAGGCUGCGGGACAAGGCGAGAUGUAUCCCAAGAAGCUCGUGAAACUGGCCAAGCUGAGCGCAACGACACCGCCUUUGCAUGUGGUAGAAAACUUUAUCGUGGCGCUGACAGCCGCCAGCGACGGUGGCCGUGUCACCGUGUCUCUUGCGGGCGAUCAGGUGGAGAUUAAAUACCAACACCUCAAUCCUGCCACAUACUUUCAAGAGGUCGUCGAGGUGGCCCGCGCGGUUGUCCUUGCCGGCGGCACGAUGUCCCCGAUAUCUGACAUUACAGCCCAACUCUUCCCGUUCGUUCCGCAGGAGCGGCUCACGACAUUCUCCUGCGGUCACAUCGUGCCGCCGAACAGCCUGCAGACGCUCGUUGUGAAGAAAGGUCCGAAAGGAAGCCAGAUGCAGUUUAAAUUUGAGAGUCGGAACGACCACGCCCUGCUAGCGGAGCUCGGCCAGGUGUUGUUCAAUUUUGCAAGCCUCGUACCUGGUGGUAUGGUCGUCUUCGUGCCAUCAUAUGGCUUCUUGCAUACCGUCAUGGGCGUAUGGGAGAAGAGUGGCUUGCUGGAGAGGCUGCGCUCCAAAAAGAAGGUUUUCACAGAACCUCAGGAGAGCGCCGAGGUCGAGACCGUUCUCCGCGACUACGCCGCAGAAAUUCAAUCCGCUGGCGACGGCGCCCCGGCAGAUACCUCAAAGAAGAGAGGCGCCUUGCUCUUCGCCGUUGUCGGCGCGAAGCUCUCGGAAGGCCUGAACUUCUCCGACAACCUCGCCCGCGCAGUUGUCAUCGUUGGCCUACCCUUCGCCAAUCUCGCUUCUCCCGAGCUCCGCGAGCGCAUGGCGUACGUAAACCGCCAACAACAAGGGCGUGACGUGAAGCCGGCUGGCGCAAAGGAUGCGGGAACAGAGUUAUAUGAGAACAUGUGCAUGAACGCUGUGAACCAGAGUAUUGGACGCGCCAUAAGGCACCGCGGAGACUGGGCGUCGCUCAUCCUGCUCGACAGCCGGUAUGCAUCACCGCGCAUACGCAACAAGCUCCCCAAGUGGAUCGGGAAGAAUGUCACCAUUGCGGAGACGUUUGGGGAAGCAGUCAAGGAGAUGGGCCGGUUCUACCGGGAGAAGCGGGCAGCUCAGUAGUAUCAAUGACGAUAACGAAAAUAAAUACUGCAGAGUGAUAAUGGUACAAAUGUGACGAAAAGCGCGUAUAAACAGGAAAUCUGCGUUGGUCAGGCUACCAUCGCCGCUCGUUGUCGGGGUCGAGGCUGGCCCAAGCCGCAUCUCUACACGCGUCGCACCAGUCUUGGAUGAGGUUCACAACCCUUCGGUUCUCCGUGAACGUCUACAACACCAUUGCGACAGAAGAGGUUAG